UUAGCUCUUCGCAAUUGUUCUCGACGAAUCCAAAAUGGCAAUACGUAUUUUGUUGUUUGCCUUUUUUCUUUUUGAAGCGAAAGUGUUACUUAAUUUUGUGACGGCUAGUUGUUAUAUGAAAGAAGUAUCUCACGCAAAAUGUGAUUCAAACGCAGAGCUGUCGGACCGUUGGUUUUCCAAAUCUUUCGAUAAUUUUCAAGAUAUCAAGAAGUUAUCUAUCAGGAACAAUAAUUCAGAGUUAUUGGUACUCGUUUCUCCAUUCAAGAGAUUCAUACAUCUGGAAAAGCUCGAUAUAGGGGACUGUCGGAUUCAAAGGCUUUAUGGAUAUACAUUCAAAGAUUUACCACUGAAAAAACUCUUUAUUGACCGCUGUGGUUUGGAAGAAAUAUUUGAGGGGGCUUUCCGCAAUUUGUCAUCACUACAGGAACUGAGCUUGAGAAAGAAUCGUUUGAAAACUGUCUCUAAUGGUGUACUCAAGAAUCUACCUAAGUUGGCUCACCUCACCCUCUCAGGUAACGAAUUAUCCUCAAUCGAAAACUCUGCUCUGGAGAAUCUGCCCGAAUUGAAUGUGUUACAUCUUGAUAAUAAUAAAAUUGGUGCGAUUUUCAUACAUAGAAUUGUGAGUUAUCCAGAGCGAUUGAAGAUACUGUGGCUUCAAAACAACUCUUUAACUUUUGUAUCUAAUUACAUGUUGGAAAAACUUACUGAGCUGGAACUGCUCAAUUUGGGAUUCAACAAGAUUUCGACGAUAGAAACAAAUUCAUUCGAGCAUACACCAAAGUUGAGAACAUUAGUCCUAACUCAUAACAAAUUGAAAGAGGUGGAUGGAACUAUAUUUCCAAAGAGUGGAAUGAACAACUUGGAGAAACUGUACUUGGAUAACAAUGAAUUGAUGUUUUUGUCAUCGAGUUUCUUCUUCAGGCUAAAUAGUUUGAAGAAAAUUACACUCGUUGGUAAUCCAUGGGAUUGCGCAUGUCUUGAAGUUAUAAAUCGAAUUCUCGAUGAAAAUAACGUUGAAGAAAAGUGUCAAGAUUUAUACGUCUCCAACCACAGAGCAGUUUGUGUCAUUAAGGAUGCUACAAAUAGAGUUUGCAAUUACAAAUACGAUGAAGAGUUGAGUGAUACAUUUUUAGACCAGAAAAAAAAGUUAGCACCUCAUGUACCUCUGGGAAGAUGUCUUUUGUAGUACAUUUGUGAAUAUUUUUGGAAAUGGGUCGGUUUUCAGAUAAAAUUUUCAACAUGAAGUUCUUUAAAUCAUUACUUUUGAUUUCGGUUACAACUUGUGUCUCUCUCUCUCUAUAUAUAUAUUUUUUUGAAUGA